AUGUUCGUGGUUACCCUCGAUGCACUUGGGACAUUGUACAAUUUUCGACAGCCAGUAUCUGUGCAGUACCUUCAAGUUGCCGAAAGUUGUGGGCUCAAGGUCAAAGUCGAUCUCAAACAGCUAGAUCGAUCGUUCAGGUCUUCCUUCAAGCACUACAACACCGUACACCCCAACUAUGGCAAGAAGACACUUGGGAGCCCCGAGGAAUGGUGGACUAAGGUUGUCAACCAGGCAUUCGGCGAUCUCGUGGAAGGGGGAGAGACAGCGCUGCCGAAGGAAUUGGGGUCUGCCCUCUACAAACACUUUUCCUCCAGUGCUGCGUAUGAACCAUUUGCCGACGUGAAGCCCUUUCUUCAGAGCAUGGCUGCGCUCAAGAAACAGUUUGCGGACCCAGAAGGACCCCUCGUGGCGACUGGGAUCGUCACAAACUCCGACCCUCGCGUCAGAGAGGUGCUUCAGGACAUGGGUUUCCGCGUAGGGCCUUCAAGCAUUCCGGAUUUCGAAAGUGUAAUGAAAACGCACAUGGAGAGUCUCCGCGACCCGUCAUCCAACGUGGUCUUCGCUAGUCCCUUCAGAGACUAUUACAAUCCCCAGAACGACUUUGAUUUCCUUUGUACGAGCUAUGACGCCGACGCAGAGAAGCCGCAGGAGAGAAUCUGGAUGGAGGCCAUGAGGCUUGUCUUUCCAAUGCCGAUUUCUCGAUCCGAACAGCACUGUGAGCCAGCCUCUAGCAUAACAGAAGCGUUCAGAAAGGUGUCCUCGGCUAUCGGCCACCAGUCGGACAUUUCUAGGAUGCUGCGGAUUCACAUUGGAGAUGAGUACUCGAAAGAUUAUGUUGGCGCUGUCAAGACUGGCUGGGAAGCUCUUCACCUCGAUCGAGCGGGAAAUAGCUCCAACUUGGGAAGCGAUGUCAAAGUCGUCCAAUCCCUCGACGAAGCUGCCAUGGUUGUAAAUCUGAUGGCCCGAGAGUAUUUCGGCGAAGGCGAGCCUUGA